AUGGACGCCAUCUCCGACAGAGUAUUCACAGAGUCGGUAGAUUCGUCCAACGACGACCAGAUCUCCAUCAACGAGAUCACCAAGUCGCUUCUCGUGUUCAUGAAUGCUCACCUUUCGUUGAACAAUUCCAACCAGGUGGCGUUCAUAGCCAGCGGUCGCAAGUACGACGAAAUCCGAACCAGAGAGGAAGACGUCGACAGAGAGCCAUCGCCCGGUUUGGUGUCCAAAGAAAUGUACAGAAAGUUCAGGGUGGUGGACGAGGCUGUAUUGGAAGAGUUGAAUCAGUGCUUGAAGGAGGUGCUGGCCACAGACAGUCACCAAUCAGCCCUCUCAGGCGCCCCCAGCAUGGCAUGGACCUACACCUACCGUAUUCUGACACUUGACCAAUCCAUUUCCUCCAGUUCCCUCUAA